GCGGGUGAACCACAUUUAGUUGUCAGGCACUGAAUGGAUGCUCAUGUUUGUCUGACUUGGACUCUAUCCUGAAACCUCCAUGGUUGGACUAGGUGAUUUGUGUGACCAACCCUGACCCUAACCCACAUGGAUGAGUUAAAAUAAUAAUUAUUUGGAUCCUAAGGAGGAGGCUCAAAAGAAGCUUCAUUUCACAGGCAGGAUGAGGGACCGACUGGAGAUGCUGCAGACCAUCCGGGAAGAGGAGUGCGACUCAGAGUCUGAGCUGUCCUUUCCGGACUGUGACUCGGAGCAGCUCGACUUUUCCCAAGAGGCGGUGGUCUUCCGGGACCCCGACGACCUGCGCGGCGUCCUGAAAGAGGCCCACUCCCUGCGGAAGGAGGUGACCCUGCUCCGCCUCGAGGUGACCCGGCUCAUCCGGCACAACGAGCGCUUCGGCACCAGCAUGCGCCGCCUCACCCUCCUCAAGCAGGACUCGGACUCCAUCGCCAGGGGGAUCCACCGCCGCGGCGAGGCCCUUUUCGUCCGGCUCAAGGCUCUGGGGGAGCGCAGCCGCGCGCUGGAGGAGCUGAAGGGCCCCGACGCGGCCCUGAGCCGCAUCGCCACGGGCCAGCAUUGCGCGCUCAACCGGGCCUUCAAGGGCAUCAUGGACGACUACAACCGGGCCGAGGAGAUGCAGCGGGUCAAGUGCCGCGGGCGGCUCCAGAGGCAAGCCUCCAUCCUGGGGACGGACAUCAGCGACGAGCAGCUGGACGAGGUGGUGGAACAAGGGGGGAAGGGGUGGGCCGAGCUGUCCCAGAGUCUGCAGACCGACGGCGCACGCACGAGCCGCCUGGCACUGUGCGAUAUCAAGGGCCGGCACAGGGAGCUUGUGGAGCUAGAGGCCAGGAUAAAGGAGGUGCAUGACCUGUUCCAAAACAUGGCCAUGAUGGUGGAGGAGCAGGGGUGCCUGAUCAACAAUAUCGAGAAUAAUGUGGGUAGAACGCAGGAGUACGUACAGGAAACCAAUGAACACAUCAAGACGGCGGUGAGGUUCAAGCGGAAGAACCCCUUUAAGCACUGCUGCCCUUGUCUACCAUGUUGGCGCCCGGUUGUGUAGAGCGACAUAUCUUCUUAUACCUCAGAAGUGCAAUGUAUUUAUGAUUCUUUUUACGUAGUUUGAUAUGGUAAGGGAAGUCAGAAAAGGAGCGUCUGCAAAGACACAAAAUACUACAUUUAGUGUUAUAUUUGUGGAUGGUCAUAUCAAAUCAAAUACUUGGGACUGUAAAGUCAGCUGUUACAUAUGAACUCAUGAAGGAGGUUUCAUCGGUGAGGAGAUAGCGAAGCACAGAAAGAUACAAGCCCAUACUAAUCAAGAUGCCUUAUUUAUAUUGAUUGUCACAUAUUGUUUUACAUUAAUGCUCUGCAAAACACAAAGACAGAUUCAUAGCAAUAUGUUUUUUUUAUUAUCCAAACAAAUGAAGAUGAAAGAUGAAAAAGUUAUUCUUGUGUUUUCUGAAAUUGAAUAAAUCCAUCGUGUUG